AUGGCAAGUAUGACGACGCAGAGCGCUAUGAGAAUGGUGGAAGGUGAUCAUAUUAAAAAUUGGCAGGCUUCUUCUAGGGAUACUGGGAUCUUUGGUUCACUAGAUAUGGCGGUUGAAGAUUUAGGGUUCCUUAUGAAGAGAAAUAGAUUGGAUGGUGGUGAUCACACCGGGAAAAUCCCUAGUCGGAGCGGAAGCGCGCCGCCUAGCAUGGAAGGUUCGUUUGCAGCUCUUAGGAAUCUCUUGAAACAGCAGGAAGGUAGUAGCUCUGAAGUUUUAAGUAGGGCUAUUGAGAGUUGUGACUCGGAAGCAGAGAUUCGUGGCGACCCUGCGUAUGUAGCUUACUAUUUGUCCAACAUCAACUUGAAUCCGAGACUCCCUCCUCCGUUGAUCUCACGUGAGAACCAGCACUUGCUGCGUCAUUUGGGUGGGAUUGGUGAUAAUAGUAUGAGUCAAACAGCCUCUUGGGAUAAUAUUGGGAUAAGAUCUUCCUUGCAUUCUUCUAGAACUGCGCUUUCGACACAUAGAGAGGAGCCUGAGGAUGAGGUGUCAUCGGGUGAACAACAGCCCUAUGCUUCUUUGGCUGGUCGUCGUAAGAGCUUUGCUGAUAUGAUUCAGCGGCCUCAUUCGGCAGGGAAUCGACCAAUAGCAGAAGACAUCCAUGCCAUUUCCUCUGGUAUACCAUCAGAAAGCACAAGGAGAUUACCGGAGUCUGAUAUAAGUGUUAGUAGUCUGCUGAGGGAGACAGAUCCUCUCUCCAUGGAUGCAAUUGCUAGUGAAGAUCCUUUUACCUCUGAUUUGGGCUCACAAAGUUCUGCUAUUGCACAGAAAGAGAGAUCAAACGCGAGGCUCGAGGACAACAAUCUAUCUGUUUUUGGUGCUUCUCCUCCAUCCUCCGCUGCUUCUAGAAUCAGGAGGAACCAAGAAGAGCAACAAUCUCAGGGAAGGAGAAUGCCUUUGCAACAUACACCUCCAUCGUAUCAGGUUCAACCUAGUUCUCCACAACAAAUGACUUAUCCGAGGAUGGGCGGUACUACACACGACAUGAUGCAGAGCUUACCUAAGAUUGCAACUGGCGAGGUACAUUCGACUUUCCAAUCUCCUCACGGUUUGGCACCGCCUCCUAUGUAUACAUCAACAGCAGCAUAUAUGACAUCUCUGAGCCCAUUUUACAAUCAUAACUUUCAGUCCUCGGGUAUGUACCUCCCGCAGUAUAACUAUAGCGGUUACCCUCCUGCCUCUGGGAUGCUCCCUCAGUAUAUGAGUGGAUACCCAUCUCAAGAAUCGACUGUUCCUAUGCCAUAUGAUAUCUCAUCUACUUCCUCGGGCUACAACAACGCUAGGCUGCUACCUGGAGUACCACAUACUGGACAAAGCGUUCCUUCUCUCGUGGAUCCUUAUCAGCUGCAGUAUUAUCAACAGGCUCAAGCAGACGCAUAUGCUCCUUCGUUUCAGAGCAGCACUGAUUCUUUUGGGCAGAAAGACCAACAAGCUUCUGGCUUUAUGGCAAAUCAUGAACCUCACAACAAUCCAUUGAGUCCGAGUUUCGGGUUGCAUAGCCCCCGGCACAUGGGAAACUACUUUGCAGUGCCGCCGGGUGUAAGAGUCAUGCCGCAGUAUCCGGGAUCACCUCUUGCUAGUCCAGUGAUGCCAUCCUCACCGGUUGGUGGGAUGAUGAGCCACUUUGGAAGACGAAAUGAAACAAGGUAUCAUCAACAAGGACCAAGUAGGAACACAGGGAUCUACCCUGGUGGAUGGCAAGGGAACAGAGGAGGAGCCAACAGUGUCGUCGUCGAUGAUUUCAAAAGACAUUCGUUUCUUGAUGAACUCAAGUCUCCAAAUGCUCGUAAACUCGAGCUGUCUGAUAUCGCAGGGCGUGUUGUUGAAUUCAGGCACGUCGAUCAGCAUGGCAGCCGGUUUAUUCAACAGAAGUUGGAGCACUGCUCUGAUGAGGAAAAGGCAUCUGUUUUCAGUGAGUUCAUAGAACAUGGAACUCCAGCGCAGAGGGAAGAACUCGUGAAGCAACUUGCUGGUCAGAUGGUUUCUCUAAGCUUGCAAAUGUAUGGAUGUCGUGUGAUACAAAAGGCCCUUGAAGUGAUAGAUGUUGACCAAAAGACAGAACUGAUUCGUGAGCUCGAUGGGAAUGUGAUGAAGUGUGUCAGAGAUCAAAACGGAAAUCAUGUUAUCCAAAAGUGUAUAGAGAGUAUGCCUGCGGGUAGGAUUGGAUUCGUAAUUGCAUCUUUCCGUGGUCAAGUUGCCACUCUUUCUACUCAUCCUUAUGGUUGCCGAGUGAUCCAGAGAAUCUUGGAGCAUUGCUCAGAUGAUGAGGAGACUCGUUGUAUAAUCGAUGAAAUCUUGGAAUCCGCUUUUGCUCUUGCUCAUGAUCAGUACGGGAAUUAUGUCACUCAGCAUGUCCUGGAAAGAGGGAAGCCCGACGAAAGGAGACAGAUCAUUGAGAAGUUGACAGGGAAUGUUGUUCAGAUGAGUCAGCACAAAUACGCGUCCAACGUUGUGGAGAAGUGUCUGGAACACGCUGAUAGUAGCGAGAGAGAGUUGCUGAUUGACGAGAUAAUGGGCAAAUCAGAGGAAGACAAUCACUUGCUGGCGAUGAUGAAGGACCAGUUUGCAAAUUACGUGGUCCAGAAAGUCUUGGAGAUCAGUAAAGAUCAGCAAAGGGAGAUUCUGAGAGCGAAGUCUCAGAAGAAGGAACAGAAGAAUUGGUUUGGUGUUGGCGGCGAGCAAAAUAUCUUUCCAGGCUUCAUAGAAGACCCAAGUGAUGCCUGA